AUGGAAACAUCGGAAUCCGAGACCACCGGAAACAUGGGUGCGAUCAUCAAUCUUCCUCAGCGCGUUUUGCAAAUCCCAGAGCUCUCCAUCGAGAUCCUCUCCAAUUUUGCAGACAAUCCCGCGUCAAUCAGACGAACCAUUCAAUCGAGCUCGGUUUUGUAUCGCUUCUUCAGUAGCGAUAAUGGCUCCAAUAUGCUGGCGCGGAGGUUGUUUGCAAAGAGGUAUCCUACAAUUCAGUUUCCAACCCAGGUGUACGACAUGGCCCAAAGACUCACACUCAAGGAUUACGAAGACUUUCAUUGCCUGUUUGAUACGCUGUUGACCGAGAUCGGUGACCUCAAAGCACCUCACGAGCGAUUCCCUAGAACAAUGAACGCAGCUGGGAAGCUGGUUGAUGUAUUCUGCUUCAGACUGAAGGAAUUUAUCGACUACGAACAUACACUUACCAAUCUGUUGGCUACUAAGGCCAUAUAUAACAACUCUCAUUAUCUUAGAUGGGAGAGCAUCGAACACAUUCUGAGAUACGUUUAUACAGUCCACUUUCCAUGGAGAGUGAAACUCAACUCACCAUUGGAGCCCCAAAUUGUUCUUCCAGACGAAAUAAUUGAUGAGGGUACUGAUGAAGAAUUCGACGACUACCCACCAGCUCGCGGUUAUAUCACCCCUCAAGAAUUCUACAACGACCCAUCGAGACUCCUGGAAGACAAACCAUUCUGGAGUUAUUUGAAAGAAAUGGAAUUGACCACCGCAGGACGGGCCUCAGUGCGUAUGAUUACUUCCGAAUAA